UUCUGAAGUAAAACAUUGAACACAACGGCUCUUUUAAGAGCCACCCACUGUCUCACUCGAGGAGUUUAAUUUCAGAAGUUUUAUCAUCAAACGAAAUGCUGUGAAAGUCACGUUUUAUUAUCCCGGUUUUGUUUCUGAGAUCUCGUUCUUUAUUAACUGAUGAGAUUAAUCUGUUGUGUUAAACGCUUCUCUCGCUCGAAGAAGAAACUCCAUCAUAUCAACAAUAUAAACGUAAACACGCCCAAAGCUGGUGAAUAAAUCAUAAAAGGGUGAAAUGAUUUUCUGCUCGAACUCUUUAAGUGACUUUGAUGACACGAUGACGUAAUUCUUUUCUAGUGUAGAGUUAAUACAGAAAUAAACGUUUUAUUCAAAUUCGAUAAAGAGCGGGAAGUGCAAACAAAGGAAACUGAAUCGCUUGUGGGAGGGUCACCUUCAAACACGAGACUGUGGGCGGGAAACGCUUUCAUUGGCUCUCUAUCCAACCCGUCAAACUAUGAGCUGACCAAUAAACACAUUUUAUGGGUUCGGCCGAUGAAGACACGCAAUCAGACAACAGGCUCCGUUACGCUAAACAUUUGCAUGUGAGAGUGAAUAAAUACCACAGCGACGAGACUCUUCAACAUUCAGCAUUUACUAACUUUUGAAGAAGCAUCAUGCCUGAACCAGCCAAACCCGCGCCCAAGAAGGGCUCUAAGAAGGCCGUCACCAAGACCGCCGUUAAGGGAGGAAAGAAGCGCAGAAAGUCCAGGAAGGAGAGUUACGCCAUCUACGUGUACAAAGUGCUCAAGCAGGUCCACCCCGACACCGGCAUCUCUUCCAAGGCGAUGGGCAUCAUGAACUCUUUCGUCAACGACAUCUUCGAGCGCAUCGCCGGUGAGUCGUCUCGUCUCGCGCACUACAACAAGCGCUCCACCAUCACGUCGAGAGAGAUCCAGACCGCCGUGCGUCUGCUGCUGCCCGGUGAACUCGCCAAACACGCCGUGUCCGAGGGCACCAAAGCCGUCACCAAGUACACCAGCUCCAAGUAAAGCGCCGCUUUCAUCCGCCGCACACAAAGGCUCUUUUAAGAGCCACACACUUAAUCCUUUAAAAGAGAUUCUUGUUAUUGUAAGCAUUUACUGUGUAUGUGUAUUAUCAUUUAAAUUAUGACGCGUAUAAAAUGGCAACCAAUCGUUUUAUCAUAAAGAAAUCAUGUUUUAAAGUAAAUAUAAGGUUUGACUUUAGUUAUUGUUGGACGAUUAUCGCAGAAGGUGACGGUAUUGUACCGGAUAUAAACUAUCAGAGUUCGGUCUUCACCUGUUUUAAGGCUGAAAUACACUACAAGACUUUUGCUCAGUUUUCAGUCUGGACUUGUUACAGAAAGUCUGUGUCAGUCUGCAGAUUUGAUCAGUUUGUGUUUCUAUCUGAAACUUUAAUAAAGUCUGAAAGUGUUUGAUGUCUAGUUGAGAUUCUUGUAGUGUUUUAAAGACAUAGAGGUGUUUUAUCAUCACACACAGUCAUGUCAUCUAUAGUAUUUAUGAUCAACAUCUCUCUUCACUGCUCUUGUGUUUGAUCUUCAUACAAAACUAAACAC